UGUUUUAUGACACAGACAACAGUUGAUUCACUGUCUAAUAUUGUCUUCACACUAUUUUAUCACAGUGCACUGAAAAAAAUAUUUUAAAAAUGUUUUCACUUUUGCACUAGCAGUAUUCUACAAGUUGGUGUUUAAAUUUAAUAAUCAGCAUCAUGGGAUGUUGCUGUAGUUUGUUUAAUAAAGACAGUGGGCCGCAGGGCGGUGAAGCUAAUGAGAGAACUCAUUUGUUAGUUGAUCCUGUUAGUAAUAAUACUAAUAUUCCACGUGUACACAGCGAUGAUUAUGUUAAUCAGUAUGCAAGUUCUAUUCCAAAGAAAACAGAUGAACAAAGUGCUUUAAAUAGAAUAUUACAUGAAACUGCAGCAAAUGUAAUUGAUGUUGGAGCACUGGAUUCUCAUAAUUUGGAGCAACAUGAAUACAUGGAUAGAUCACGAGCAUAUUCUAAGAGAAUAGAAACCGGUGGUGUUAAAAUACCACAGACAACUUGUUGUUUACUUAAUGAUGUUCCAGCACCGGAAAGAAUAUUAUCAUCAGAACCACUUGCCGCUGAAGAUCAAGAACUGAUAACGAAUAUGGUCAAGAGUGCAGUCAAUGCACUAAAUGAUGUAAAAGUGGAACACAAAGAAGAUCUGGUGGUACCUUUUCUCUCGUGAUUGCUUCAGAAUUUAAAAAGACACAAAUCACGAGACUCAUCCUACCUUACGAAAAGAAAUCCCCUAUUAAACUUUAUAUAAUUUAUUUUUUAAUUACGUAUGUUAUUUAAGGAAUUGCAGUUGCAUCAUUUUUACCGUUGACGAUUCGUUUAAAUGGAAACAAUAAGAGAUUAGUUUGUUUCUGAAUCAAUCAUAAUUUUAAUCAGUGGAUUUACGAAUCAAAUUAUUUAUUAAUUCUCAAUUUUCAAAAAAAAUACUAAUAUACAAUGAGGCUUUUUACACUAAAAUUGACAGUUACUAAUUAUACAUAAAAUAAAAUUUACUACUUCAUUUUAUAUUUAAUGGAUAUUAUGAAAAAAAUUUUUAUUUAUUAAUUGAUACCAUUUUUACAGGUACUAAAAAUUAUACAAGUGAUAUUUACAAAA